UUGUGAGAAAGGGCAUGUUAUCAUGGUUAUGAGGCUCAAGCUUAUAUACUAUGUCACAAAAAUCCCAUGAAUGAACGACUGAGAUGGACAGUGCAGCGAGUUUCAAAGACUACAGAGAUUUGAUUAUCAAGAACAUAGAUGAGCUGCUGUUGAAGCUGACAGAACAUGGAGAAGAGAGCUUAUUGAUGACUGCAGAUGGAACUUCCCUUCAUGUAACUGGCUCAGAAAAAGGAAAAAAGUUCCUUGCAGUGAAUCGUCAAAUAGCUGAACAGUUUCACAAAUUCUGCUUUGAUGUGCAGGAAAAGGUCUCCGAAUGCAAAAUCCAGGAAAAGUCACCACCCUCUUUUUUAAGGUAUCCUAUUGCACCAAAAACUGCUAUCACUGUGACUAGUAUAAAAGAGGUAGACAGUGAUUUUGAAGUAGACCAAGAAGAGACCGAGGAGACCUUGAAAUCAAAAGACAGCAGUUUUACCGUCUUCAACAUCGAAAAUCAAGAACACCAGUCCAGAAAAUUAACUGCAAGUUUGCUAGAUACCUCCUCCCCUGGAAAACCUAAACAAGAGAGGCUCAAGAAUAUCAGAGUCCAAAUUCAAAGAGGAAGCAGAAGAACUGAAAUCAUAUUACCAGAAAAAUCUGACUUGACUGUGGAAUCUAACCAGGCAUCUGUUAAAUCCAGGCUGCUUGCUCCAGACCAAACUCAGACAGGCCAGGCAGCAAAUUCUCAGACCAUAACAGACCACCAGCAAUCAUCUUUAAAUGAUGAGAUCCAGAAUUUAUCCUCUGAUUCUAAGAAAUCAGUUACCUCCAAACCUGAAAGUGAAGCAAGGAAUAUCGGUUGUGAAUCGGAAGAGGUCAGCCGUAACACAUCCUUACAGAAUGAUUCAAAUGAACAUGGUACUGGGACUAAUGAAACAUCCUCUGAUGCAGUUGGUGAUCAUACUUUUAAUGAUGACCACUCAGAGCCUAUGGAUUCAGUUGACACAUUUGUGCAUUCUCCUGUUGAAGACAGUGACAGUGAGACUCAUGAUAACAACCCAAGUGUUUCACAAGGGAACAAGCCAAAAUUUACUGGGGAUUCACCUCACGAACCAUCAAGUCUAGGCAGCAAUGCUAACUAUCGAUCCAAAGUUAAAGACAUCCAUUCUACAGCUGAUGGGAUCAAAGAUUGUCAAGAAACUGCUAUAACAGAUGAUGGAGACCCUGCUCAGGUUUUAUGUGGUAAUCAGGCCCCUCCCAAGGACUCAAAUAAUACUGGUUUUGAUAUGGAAGUGGACAUAUCUAAUGAAAAAGGGACCAAGGUAGAUCAAAACUCUCCGUUAAAACCUUCUGUUGUCAGUCCGAGGAAAAAAGGGAAGGAAAAGAUCGAUACUGAAAAAGGACAAAAGAAAAGGAAGAUCUCCAGAUCCCCGCAGCGUUCUCCUGCAAAGAAAAUCAGAGGGAACCCAGAUAAAGAAACUGGAUCUUCUCCCAUGGAAACAGCCUCAAGAACUACAGAAGAGGAUGAAACUUUAGCAAGUGCAAAGAUUACCUCAGCAAAGGAAAGGUCUGAGGUAACUUCAUCAAGGGAAAGAUCAGAGGUAACUUCAGUAAAGGAAAGGUCAGAGGUAACUUCAGUAAAGGAAAGGUCAGAGGUAACUUCAGUAAAGGAAAGGUGGUCAGAGGUAACUUCAGCAAAGGAAACGUCAGAGGUUACUUCAGAAAAGGAAAGGUCAAAGGUAACUACAGUGAAAGAAAGGUCAGAGGUAAAUUCACCAAAGGAACACUUAAAGAAACACUUAAAGGUUAGUUCAGAAGAAAAAAAUUCAAAGAAGAAUUCAACAGAAGAAACUUCCCAGAUUACACCAUCAGAGAAAAGUUCAGAUGUGGCUUUAGCAAAGGAAACAUUUAUGGUAACUGUAAGGAGUCCUGAAAACUCAGCAAGCAAAAGCAGUGAAAAGGUCAAGAUAAAACACCAAAGCACAUCUCCACCAAAAUCAAUUAAAUCUAAACAGAAACUCCAAGUUAAACUACCAAUAAGAUCAUGCAAGGAAGGGGAUACAGCAAGACUCUUCAAGAAAUCUCUAGUUGUGCAAUUGGAAAAGAUUCCAGAUACAACAAUUCAGCUUCUGGGUAAAUCUCCAAAGAAAGCUGCUUCUGAAUUCAUGAAUAAGUCUGUUGCUGAAAAGACUGAAAUACCUGCUUCAGAACUGAAACAAUCCCCUCUGAAAGGAAGCAGUAUACAAACCUCAGAAUCAAAGGAGCUCACCCUUAAAAGUAAAGCCAAACCUCCUUCAGAAUCAAAAAAUCCAGUUGCUGAAAAGAUUGAAAGGCCUGUUUCAGAACUAAAAAAAUCUCCUUUGAAAGAAAGCAGUAUACAAACCUUGGAAUCAAAGGAGCUCACCCCUAAAAGUAAAGCCAAACCUCCUUCAGAAUCAAAAAAUCCAGUUGCUGAAAAGAUUGAAAGGCCUUCUUCAGAACUGAAAAAAUCUCCUCUGAAAGAAAGCAGUAUACAAACCUUAGAGUCAAAGGAGCUCACUCCCGAAAGUAUAACCAAAUCUCCUCCAAAAUUAAAAAAGGCUAUUGCUGAAAAGCCUUCUUCAGCACUGGAAAAAUCUCCUCUGAAAGGAAGCAGUAUACAAACCUCAGAAUCGAAGGAGCUCACCCUUAAAAAUAAAACCAAACCUCUUUCAGAAUCAGAAAAAUCCAUUGAAAGAUCUGCUUUGAAAUCAAAAAAGCCAGUUUCUGAUGUAUGUGAUAAACCCAGAUCAAAAUCACAGAAAUCUCCUCAUAGAAUAAAGGAUCUAUCCAACUCGGAGUCUAACAGACCCAAAACUAGGAUAGCUGAAAUUCCAGCCACAGAAACAAAAGAAUCUAGGAGUAAUUUAUCUGACACACUGGCCCCCAAAUCUAAGAAAUCUACUCCUAAUGGCAACCUUGCAUCAGAAUCAAAAAUGUCUACUUCUAAAGUAAUAGACAUAAAUGCUUCAGAGUCAAAAUUAUCUACACCCGAAAUAACUGAUAAACAUGUUGUAGAAUCAACUUUACCAACCUUAACUCUAGAGAACAAGGCCACAAAUAGUAAAGAGAAAAAAGACACCGGUGAUAAAUCUGUCCAGAAAUCUAUCCAAAAAUACCCUGAUAAAGUUAUUAUCAAGCAGCCAGUAUGUUCAGAUAUUGCAGGAAAGGGUAAAUGUGACUUGAAGAAUUUCAAAAUAGAUUUGAAGGCUUUAGCGAUGGAACUGGCUCUUCAGAGGCAGAAGAAGCCUUAAAAAAUCAACUGGGACUUAUUAAAACUUAAAAAUGAAACUUCAGGCAGUGAAUAGCAGUUGUGACAGGGUCCAAGUAUGAGGACCUCUAUAAAGACUAUGAGUAAAGCUCAAAGCCCUUCCCGUGGGGAUGAUUAUAUAACAUUGUGUUCAUUUCUUCUGCAAUAUUUAUGGUAUCUAGAAAAAAGACACAAACAUUUAUAUAUAUUGUCCUAAAUGUGUAUUUGUAACAUAAGAUGAUUUGCUAGAUAUUCAGUUGUCUUAUUUCAUUGACAGUUGUCUAGCUCAUGAAAAAUUUUGCUUUUUUGCAAAUCCAUGUACCCUGGUAACCAAAAUUAAAGGCAGCAAUAAAUUUCAUUUGACAGAUGCAAAUUUUUGGACCUAACAGAAUGAAUUGUUCGUAUUUAUUUCCAAUUUUUAGAAUUUAGUAUGUAAAAAAAAUCUAUAUAUUUUUAAAGAACACUGUUGCAUCUUGUUCAGUAUUAACAUAUUACCACAGGGUGGCCUUGAUAAAAGUAUUUAUUUUCAUAAUUUAGUCGGUAAAAUACAAUAUUCCAAAAAGUUAUGAGAUAUACAUGUACAUUACAUAGCUAUGUUACGGUAAUAAAUGCUUCAAAUUGUAAAUAAUGUCUUUUAU